AUGUUGGAUUGUAAACCGAUUGAUACCCCUAGUGAGCAGAAUCAUAAGUUGGGGAUAUAUCCCGAUCAAGUUCCAACUGACAAAGAACGUUAUCAACGACUUGUGGGGAAGUUGAUUUAUUUGGCUCAUACUCGUCCAGAUAUUGCGUAUGCUGUAAAUAUAGUGAGUCAGUUUAUGCACUCUCCUAGUGUAGAUCAUAUGGGGGCUGUGACUCGUAUUUUAAGGUAUCUGAAAGUAACUCCUGGCAAGGGGUUAAUUUUCUCCAAGUAUGGCCAUACAAAUGUAGAAGGGUAUACAGAUGCUGAUUGGGCAGGUUCAGCCACAGAUAGGCGUUCGACAUCUGGAUGGACGACAGAAGAUGGAAGGACUUAUACAAACACAUUGCAAACACACGAACCUAGAGCUGAUUGGCAAGUGGAAAAAUUUGGAGAUUUGUCCAAAGGCUCUGGUCAUGGACGUGAGGCAUUGUCAAUUGUGAAGUUGGGACCUAAUAUCAAGUACUUAAAUCCGAAGGGUGCAAAAGUUAAUCGGGGUGGUCUUGUCACGUUGCUGCACUGA